AUGAACUGGAGGUUUAUUGAGGUCAUCUGCUUCCUGUUUAUAUGGGACCAUAUAACAGUUCAGUCUUCCCGCCAGGACCCGUCGGCCACUGAGCAACAUGUCACCAAACAAUAUGACUGGCUCAUCUCGGACCGCGGACCUUUCCACCACUCUCGGAGUUACCUCUCCUUCGUGGAAAGAUUCCGCCAAGGAUUUACAACCAGAUAUAAAAUUUAUAGGGAAUUUGCACGUUGGAAGGUGAGGAACACAGCCAUUGAGAGAAGGGACCUGAUCCGAAACCCAGUGCCGCUCAUGCCUGAAUUCCAGCGAAGUGUCCGCCUGCUGGGCCGCAGGCCGACUACCCAGCAGUUUAUCGACACCAUCAUCAAGAAGUAUGGGACCCACAUCCUAAUCUCAGCCACCCUAGGAGGUGAGGAAGCAUUGACUAUGUACAUGGCCAAGAACAAACUUGACAGGAAGCUAGCCAACGCUACCCAGAAUGUAGAGGCCCUGCAUCAGCUGGCCUCUUCUUACUUCAUUGACCGUGAUGGCACUAUGAGGAAGCUGCACGAGAUCCAGAUCUCUACCAAUGCCAUCAAGGUGACAGAGACACGGACAGGUCCUCUGGGAUGUAGUAGCUACGACAAUUUGGACUCAGUCAGUUCGAUCCUCCUGCAUAGCCCUGAGAGCAAGCUCCAUCUGCAAGGUCUGCAGGUUAUUUUUCCAGAGUAUCUGCAGGAGAAAUUUGUCCAAUCAGCUCUAAGCUACAUUAUGUGCAAUGGAGAGGGUGAGUACGUGUGCCACAACAACCAGUGCAUCUGUCAGUGCGCCGAAGAAUACCCACAAUGCAACUGUCCCAUCACCGACAUUCAGAUCAUGGAAAACACCCUGCUGGGAAUGGCCGAGUCAUGGGCCACUUCUUACAAGGACUUUGAGAACUCUGAUGAGUUCAAGUCCUUCCUGAAGAGGCUGCCCUCCACACACUUCCUGCCUGUCAGCAGCGUGCAUCUCCUGUGGGGCAGUGACUGGGAUCUGCAGGCCCGCUACAGGCUCCUUCAGAGUUCCCUGGAGAUCCAGCGGCUCAAGAUCCAGCGCACCGCCCGCAAGCUCUUUGGCCUCAGCAUCCGUUGUCACCAUAAUCCUAACCACCAGAUGCCCAGGGAGAGGUCGGUGAUGCAGUGGCUCAACAGAGUUCAGUCCUUCCUGUACUGCAAUGAAAAUGGGUUCUGGGGGACCUUCUUGGAGAGCCAAAGGACAUGUGUGUGCCACACAGGUGUGACACUGUGCCAGCGACCCAUCCCUUGUGUGAUUGGUGGCAACAACAGCUGUGCCAUGUGCAGCCUGGCCAACAUCUCUCAGUGUGGCUCCUGCAACAAGGGCUACAAGUUGUACCGCGGUCGCUGUGAGCCCCAGAAUGUGGAUUCAGAGCGAAGCGAGCAGUUCAUCAGCUUUGAGACUGACCUCGAUUUCCAAGACCUGGAGCUCAAAUAUUUGUUGCAAAAGAUGGAUUCACGCCUCUACAUUCACACUACCUUCAUCAGCAACGAGAUCCGCCUGGAGACUUUCUUUGACCCACGGUGGCGUAAGCGCAUGUCCCUAACUCUGAAGAGCAACAAGAACCGGAUGGACUAUCUGCACAUGAUAAUUGGCUUAUCCAUGAAAAUCUGCCAGAUGCGCAACAGCAGUAUUGACCCAAUGUUUUUUGUUUAUGUUAACCCCUUUAGUGGCAGCCACUCAGAAGGCUGGAGCAUGCCCUUUGGCGAGCACAGUUACCCACGCUGGGAGAAGGUGCGCCUACAGAACUCACAAUGCUUCAACUGGACCCUGUUACUGGGAAACCGCUGGAAAACAUUCUUUGAGACAGUGCAUAUCUACCUGCGUAGCCGUGCUAAGAUUCCUACUGGCCUGCGCAAUGACACAGGCCAGGGUCCGGUGGACCUUGCAGACCCCAACAAGCGUCAGAUCUACAUUAAGAUCUCUGAUAUCCAGGUGUUUGGCUAUAGCCUACGCUUCAACGCUGACCUACUCCGCAGUGCAGUGCAGCAGGUCAACCAGUCAUACACUCAAGGAACUCAGUUCUACUCAUCCUCAUCUGUCAUGCUUUUGCUGCUGGACAUUAGGGAUCGGAUUAACCGCCUGGCCCCUCCAGUCGCACCUGGAAAGCCCCAGCUAGACCUGUUCUCUUGUAUGCUAAAGCACAGGCUCAAGUUAAACAACAGCGAGAUGAUCCGAGUGAACCACGCCUUGGACAUGUACAACACAGAGAUACUGAAACAAUCAGAUCACCUGACUACCAAACUCUGCUAAAGAAUAAUAACAUUAACAAAAGAGAAAACUAAACAGAGACACCCUACAAAGAGAACUGUUAGGGGAUAUUAAUCCUAAUUUUAUUUUCCCUUUUUCAUUUUUUGGACUUUUUUUUUUUGUUCUGCCUUUUGAUGUAAUAUUAACAACUUUGUAAGUGUAACUGUUAAAGAGAAAAUGGAAAAAGGCAGUGAUGAA